CUAUCACAGUAGAGUGGUCUUCAGCUACUUUAGACUUAGAUCCAAGGCACAAAAAAUUCAGCUUGGGAUCUGCAUUCUGUUCGUAAAGUUUCUCCUCUACCUUAUUAUCUCCCAAUUUUUUUCAUUUUAUUUUCACUAAUUUUUUUUGGUACCAAUAUUAGUAGUCAGCAUUUUAAGCUGAUUCUAUAUUUGUUCAUCCUUGAUUCAGCUCUUGUGGCUUCUGGGUUUCUUUUUAUGUUCUUCAAUAUAUAUAUAUUCUUUAGUUUCUUCUGGUGUUGAGGGCUGUGGGCUUCUUACUUUUUCGGCCGUGUAACACCUACGAGAGUCUAAAAGAGAAAGGGAAUCUAGAAAUCCCCACUUGGUUUCUAAUCUUUACAGCUCUAAAUACCAUUCCUUUCAUUGCUACCUUGUGACCAGAAAAACCCUAAUCCCAUAGUACAUUUGAGCCUUUAGCACUUAGAAGCUAGUUUUGGGGUUCGCUAGGUUUCCGCCAACAAAAUCCAAUUUUGAUGUUGGAGCUCAACUAAAGAUUCGAUUUUGGGAUCUGGGUUUUGAAGAAAAAACACAAUGCCUCCAAGCUUGAACUUUUCAGAAUGGUGGGCAAAGGAUUCUCCAAAGGGCACUCCAGUGGUGGUGACAAUGGAGAACCCUAACUACUCUCUGGUGGAGAUCAACGGACCUGAAGGUGAUGAUUCCAUUAAAUUCCUGUCCUCAGAGAAAGGCCGUGGCAAGAAUGCCAAGCAAUUUACAUGGGUCUUGCUCCUCAAGGCUCAUCGUGCUGCUGGUUGUGUUGCUUGGCUAGCUACUGGACUCUGGGCAUUGCUCGGUGCCAUCAAGAAAAGGGCAGCACUUGGCCCUGAGUCUGAGAAUCCUGGCAAGGGGAAACUUCUGUUAAAAUUCCUUAAGGGGUUUUUGUUGGUCUCUCUGAUUGCUCUUGCAUUUGAGGUAGUUGCUUAUUGGAAUGGCUGGCACUUUCAGAAGCCCAAUUUGCACAUUCCGGGGACGAUUGAGAUUGAAGGUUGGAUGCACUCGGCUUAUCUCGCGUGGCUAGCGUUUCGUGCGGAUUAUAUUGCCUACCCAAUCAAGGCAUUGUCUAAUUUCUGUGUUCUUUUAUUCGUCAUACAAUCAAUCGAUAGGCUUGUUUUGUGCCUCGGGUGCUUUUGGAUCAAGUUGAAGAAGAUCAAACCGAUAAUUGAAGGCGAUCCUUAUAAGGCUGAUGUUGAGGAUGGGUACCCUAUGGUUUUAAUUCAAAUUCCAAUGUGCAACGAGAGAGAGGUAUACGAGCAAUCAAUAUCUGCGGUGUGUCAAAUUGACUGGCCAAAGGAUCGAUUGCUUAUCCAAGUGCUCGAUGAUUCAGAUGAUGAUACUCUCAAGAUCUUAAUAAGAGCAGAGGUUGCUAAGUGGAGCCAAAAGGGUGUCAAUAUUAUUUAUAGGCACAGAUUGGUGAGAACUGGGUACAAAGCUGGGAACCUUAAAUCAGCCAUGAGCUGUGAUUAUGUUAAGAACUAUGAAUUUGUGGCCAUAUUUGAUGCUGACUUUCUACCAAACCCUGAUUUCCUCAAGCAGACAGUUCCACAUUUUAAGGGAAAUCCUGAGCUCGGGUUAGUUCAGGCUCGGUGGAAUUUUGUGAACAAGGAUGAGAAUCUCUUAACCCGGCUACAAAACAUCAACCUCUGCUUCCACUUUGAAGUGGAGCAGCAGGUUAAUGGUGUUUUCCUCAAUUUCUUCGGUUUCAAUGGGACUGCUGGUGUUUGGAGAAUCAAAGCAUUAGAGGAUUCAGGAGGUUGGCUCGAGAGAACAACAGUGGAGGACAUGGAUAUAGCAGUUCGUGCACAUCUCAAUGGUUGGAAAUUUAUCUUCCUCAAUGAUGUCAAGGUUCUUUGUGAAGUUCCUGAAUCUUAUGAAGCUUAUCGAAAGCAGCAGCAUCGGUGGCAUUCUGGCCCUAUGCAUUUAUUCCGAGUUUGCUUCCCUGCUAUCAUCUCUUCAAAGAUAUCUAUAUGGAAGAAAUCAAACCUAAUCCUCCUAUUCUUUCUACUGAGAAAACUGAUUCUUCCAUUCUAUUCUUUCACAUUAUUCUGUGUUAUUCUUCCCUUAACUAUGUUUGUUCCCGAAGCCGAGCUUCCAGUUUGGGUUAUUUGCUACAUCCCAGUUAUUAUGUCAUUCCUCAACAUUCUCCCUGCACCGAGAUCUUUUCCUUUCAUCGUUCCUUAUCUCCUCUUUGAGAACACAAUGUCGGUAACCAAAUUCAACGCAAUGGUCUCUGGAUUAUUCAAAUUAGGGAGUUCUUACGAGUGGGUUGUUACCAAAAAAGCUGGCAGAGCAUCAGAAGCAGAUUUAUUAGCAGCAGCAGAGAGGAGAGAAAUGAAUGAGUUGAAUAAGUUGAAGGAAGAAGCAGAAGAAGAAGCUCCUCCUCCCGUUAAGAAGGUUAAUAAGAUUUAUAAGAAGGAGUUGGCUCUUGCUCUUCUACUUCUCACUGCUGCAUUGAGAAGUCUCUUAUCUGCUCAAGGGAUUCAUUUCUACUUCUUGCUAUUCCAAGGAGUUUCUUUUCUCCUUGUGGGUCUCGAUCUCAUCGGCGAGCAAAUGAGUUAAUAUUGAAUCGAGUAAAUUUGUUUGAUUCUUUUCCUUGAAGGCUACCAUUCAUACAAUAAGUCCAAAUCAGUGAUGUUAUCAAUACUACUUGAUUUCUUUUAUUUUCUUUUUUGCUUUUUAUUUGUGGCUUACUAUGUAGAUCCGUGAGCCUCUUAUGUAUUCAAGUCUUGUAAAAUGAAGAGUGAGUAGUAAAUCUGAGGUGAGGGUAAGUUUGUGUUGAUGAGAUUGUUGGCACAGUUACUUGUAUACUUUGUAUCAGUACAGUUCAUUCCAAGGUUGAAAGGGAAAUCCAUUAAUGCUCCAUUAA